GUGGUUACAGGCUGAGCAGCCAUGCAGUGUGUGUCCAGAGGGAGCAUUCGAGAGCUGCUACUGCUGAAGCUGAAACUGAAGUUUCCUCAGAAACGGGGCAGCUCUCGGGCUCGUGGCUGAUGAGCACAGAGCUGAAAAGGAAGAUGAAAUCGAAUGCUUCAAAGCAGAGCACAACAAAGAACCCUUAUAAAGCAGUGCAGUGUGAUCCAGACAGUGAGUACAUCACACCUGGGGUAUUUGAGCUGGAGAAACUGUUCUGGCGCGGCUCGGGGGCAGCCUACACCCACGUCAAUGAAGUCUGGCCUAGCGUCUAUAUCGGAGAUGAGAAAACAGCUCUAGAGCGCCACAACCUGGAGAAGACAGGAAUAACGCACAUCCUCAAUGCUGCCGAGGGAAAGUGGAAUAAUGUAGCCACAGGUCCAGACUACUACCACGGCAUGAACAUCGAUUACUAUGGAGUCGAGGCAGAAGACAUUCCGACUUUCAACCUCUCUCAGUUUUUCUACCCAGCGGCUCAAUUUAUUGACCACGCACUCAGCAAGCCAGAGAGUAAGCUGCUGGUGCACUGUGUAAUGGGACGAAGCCGCUCAGCUACCUUGUUUCUGGCUUAUUUAAUGAUCUACAAGAACAUGACUGUCGUUGAAGCCAUUGAGCAUGUGAAAGAACGCCGCUGCAUUCUGCCCAACAGAGGUUUUCUGAAGCAGCUGCGAAACCUGGAUGUUCAACUGCAAGAAGAAAAGCAGACAACAAAGAAUGGACACUCGUAACUUAACGAGACUUCAAAAAGUAGUGAUGUAAUUGUACUGAAAAGUCCAGUCAGUACAGAAUACUGCAAAAACAAAGAGGAUCCUGUCUCCCACUUUACAUCUACAAAGAGGCCCAGCUAGGUUGGAGUGUACAGUGAGUGGACACAGUGUUUAAAAACUCCAGCAGCACUGCUGUUUUGUUUGUGUGUUGUACUGGUGCAGAUGGAUCAAAACCAUGUCAGUUUUACAGAAGUGCUGAAAAUGAUCUAAUACCCAAAUAAUAGCUAUUGAAGAACAGGAUGAAAGGAGGUUAACCAACUAGAAAGAUCUAUGUAAUUUUGUAAUUAUUAAGACAAUAAUAAUAAUAUAAUAAUAUUCUGACUGGCCUUGUGUAUAUGCUUGUCACACUACACCAUGAACAAACACGAUAUUGGACAGAAAGACAAGAGAACAACUGCAGUACAAAAACAGUCAACACUCAGGUUUAAGUCUGUCAGUGGCUCAUCAUAAUUUAUUUUCUGCUAAAAUGUACAGCAUUUAAGUGACCGACUAAAAAGGUAACUCAUAAAUACAGGACUGUUGCUCCAUUAAUUAGUACAGUCAGAUAAUCCCUCUUACGUCAAACUGCCAUUCUGUACAGGUACAAAGGCUACAAAAUAAGCUAUACAAACAGACACCAAUACAAUU